AUGCCGAUGGUGUCGAACAAUGAUUUCCAAGAUCAGCCGCUGGUGCGGGUCAGAUACCUUGCAGGGUAUAUAGUCCUCUCCUAUGUGAUCAGCACAAUGGGAUGCGCAACCACACUGGAACUGCUCCAUCGGCGGACGUCGAGGUCCGGUCUAUACAACUGGUACCUCCUCCUCACCUCGUCAAUUACAAUGGGCGGCAUCGGAAUCUGGUGCAUGCACUUCAUCGGCAACCGCGCCAUCGUCCUCGGCGAAGGUGAGGCAGAAAUACAAGCCAUGUACAACGUCGCCUUCACGGGCACCUCAUUCGUGCUUCCCGUACUGGUCCUGUUAUUUGCCUUCUAUGCCGUAGGUGUCGAAGAGAAAGCGGGCUAUCUUCGCAUCUUCAUUGGCGGCCUGCUCACUGGUAGCUCUGUCUGCGGUAUGCACUAUGUCGGCCAAUUGGGAAUCUCGAACUAUCGGUGCUCCUAUCACGUCGCCAAUGUCAUUGGCUCGGCGAUUAUUGCUAUUGUCUCGAGUACUGCUGCACUGGGGAUUUUCUUCCGCUGGAGAGAGACUUGGACUGAUAGCUGGUGGAGACGGGGACUGUGUGCCUGUCUGCUGGCUGGUGCUGUUUCGGGCAUGCAUUGGACUGCCGCUGUCGGGACGGUAUAUCGGGAUCAUGAUCACAGGGUCAUGGUUGGGAGCCAGUUGUCGAAGAGCCAGGUUGUGAUCAUCUGUGCUGUCUUUGCCUGUGUCGCAUGUUUGAUCUUGUCGGUGUGUGCUAUUUUGGCUGGACGCGAUCGCCGGAAGUCGACAGUUCGUGCCCAUCAGCUUGUUCUUGCUUGUGCAUACUUUGAUCCCACUGGGCGGGUCAUGGUUACACCUCAGGCUAUGCUUCCUACGAGGAAAAUUGUCGAUCAUUAUAUCGGACGGACCUUCCGAGAUGACGACUUUACUCGUACCCACCCGACAUUCUUGUGGGCUUUCAGGGCAACUCGCAAUUGGCCACUAGUUAAAGACCUGGUCCCCUUUAUGCGGAACCGUCUUGACUCCGAGGAGAGCGCCAUCGAGAAACAUAUGCUAUCACGAGGAGUGUUCAUGGACAAGGACACUGAGCUGCGAACUGACUUUGACACCUUGUUCAAGCAACUCUUCUGUGUCACAGCUCAGGAGCUCUCAGAUGAACUGCGGCUACCUCUUCAGGACCUAGGUACCCUAUACGACGAUGUUCUCUCCACAGCUAUACCCAUCUCGCGACUCUCCUGGCAAAUAGGCCGCUCAUCCCUCCGCACAGGCAAGGGCCAGUUGAUGUUCACCGUCCGCCAGCUAAACAAGGAAGAAGCAGCACGGCUGAGAUCCCAUGGCUUCCGCUUCGCGACCAUCGAACAUGUCACAGGCAUGCUCUCACGUCGCAUCCACGUCCCCGAAGCAAGCCUAUCCACUUCACUGCGCGACAUGCGCAACUACGCAAACUCGAACCGCGGCUUCGACGAAGGGGUCCACCUAAUCACCUUCGUGAUGCGCCCAACAAUCCACGACCACUUCGAGAUCCUCACCACAAAAGGCGUCGGCAACCCCCUCCCCUCCUCAACCCUCCCAAUCAAGCAACUCCAAGCCCACCACCUCGAACUCCUCUCCUACAUGGACGGUUGGACCAUGGACUCCUGCCUCCGCUACCUCCAAUCCCCCGCCGCCUCCCAAACCUUCCCCAAUCUCUCCGACUUCGGCGCAAAACUCACCAAAUCAAUCGUCUCCCUCUGCGAAUCAAUGCCAUCAGACAUGCGCGCUGCAGCCCAACUCUCCGCCCGCCCCUUAACAGCCCCAUGUCGCAGCAACCCCUCAAACCCCGAAACAACAGGAAACACCUGCACCCUCUUCAGCUUCUGCAUAGUCGGCACCCUAGACACCCUAGUCCCCCACUCAGACUACACUUUCACCCCCUUCCGCCUCUUCCGCGUCCAGCAACAGAUAAACGAAGCCCUCGCUGACCGCGACGAUUUCGCCCGCGAGCUGGGACAGGAACUCUUCUGCACAGACGUGCGGUCUGGCUCAAAUGCCAGCGAUAGCGACUUCGCCUCGUCGGCCAAGAUGGCCCUUUUAAGGCUGUGGCCUUCGAGGAAGAGUGCGCGCACUUCGCAUGACUCGCGCGGAUCCAGUGAGUCGUUGGUUCAGCCUUCCAUGUCAUUGGGGGAUAUCACGGUGCGGAAGGAGGUGAGGGUUGAUUUUACGCAUCUGCGUGAGAGCUCGGUGGAUAAGGGGGAUGAUAAAGUUAAGCUUACUACUAUUGCUGUAGGCGGGGAUAUGGUGCCGACGACUUAUGUUGAUGAAUUGUAUGCUCUUUGUCAGGCGCCGGGGAUGAGGUUGAGGGCUGAUGCUUCUUUGCAUGUUUCUCAUGGAUCGGGGGGUUGA